AUAAACUUAUUAAAUAGAUUUGAAAUGACAGACAUCUCAAAUGAAAUGUGCGUUUCAAAGCCAGGCACUGAAAGUGACGAUGCCUCCAAAAUAACCUCGACUGUCAAAGACGAAGAGAUGAAAGCCGACGUAGUCGAUUCCUCGAACAACAAUUCUACGGAACCACUAAGCGCAGAUAAACAUACCACAGAAAUAGCAGCUAAGGCUGGAAUUGAUUCAGAAGCUUAUGGUCCACAGAGCGGAUACAACACAAAUAGUGAAAAUACGUACUAUAACCCCUAUGUAGCUCCGACAACGGUGACAUCCGCAGAACAGGGAACGUAUGACCAGGCCGCGGAGGCAUACUAUGCCCAGCAAGGUUGGUCAUACCCCGCAACUGUGGCCACGCAGGAUUAUGGGACAGAAGCAACUAAUACGGCUGAAGACGCCGUGGGAAUGGACAGGAAGCGGAGUUACCCUUUAGAGGAAGGGACAUCUGUGAGCGAUAACCAGAACCAAGAGCAGGAGAGUCAAAAUGGAGAAGAGAAUGAAGAAUCAUCGGGGGGCAGACUGGGUCUGUCAUCUGUGCCUGGACUGGACGAUCUCUGGGCUCAAGUCAGUCAGGACUUCACAGACUUCGACAGUUGGACGAAGCUGCUGGCUACUUCUGAGUCGUGUGAGGAGGUGAAGGAGAUCACGCAGGCAUACGAUGUGUUCCUGGACAGAUACCCGCUCUGCUUCGGAUACUGGAAGAAGUACUCAGAUAUACUCAAGAAGAGAGGCUUGCCCACCCACGACGUUCAGAAAGUUUUUGAGCGUGGAGUGACCGCUAUACCUUUAAGUGUGGACUUGUGGAUCCAUUAUAUCAAGUUUGCAGCCAAUACACUCUUCUCAGAGAAGGCUCAGGAGAACACAUCCAAUAUAAGAAGUUUGUACGAGAGGGCGUUGUCGGCCUGUGGGAAUGACUUCAAGAGCGAUAGACUAUGGGACGAAUUUGUCAACUGGGAGAGGGAUGGAGGCCAAUUCGCCAACGUCACCGCAAUCUACGACAGAUUACUCCGAGUGCCAACACAGAAACACGCUGAACACUUCGAAAAGUUCAAAUCACAUAUCAGGUGUCAAAGUGUGAUGGAGCUAGUGUCGGAGGAAGAACUGAAGGACCUGAUGAAACUGCUUCCGACAGAAGACAUUAAGAUGGAAUCAGAACCCUGCGUGAAAGAAGAAGACAAAACUAACUCCUUUGCACAGUCCUCAGAGGACUUGGAAAACGAGAAUGAGACUAAAGAAAAAGUUGAAGAGUCGAAUUUUGAAGAUGAGAAUAUAGUAAAGAAUGAACCGGAAGUGAAGACUGAAGUAAGCGAGAAGUCGAAACUUCCGAGUCGUUUGUCAGAAGAGGCCGAGGAGAAGAUGAAGAUGAUUGUUUUGGAAAGGAGGACAGAGGCAUAUGGAAAAUUGAAGAAAGAAAUCGAAAAAAUAAUGCCUUUCGAGGAACAGCUGCGAAGAAACUACUUCCACGUGAAGCCCCUGGAGCGAGGUCAGCUGAAUGCGUGGAAGGAGUACAUCAAGAGCAUGGUGUCCCGCGAAGAGGCGGGGGAGGAAGGGGUGACUCGACUCAGAGUAUUGUAUCUAUUCGAAAGAUGUGUCAUUACCUGUUGCUAUUAUGAAGACUACUGGCUCAAGUAUGUGUCGUAUCUGGAAAACAACCAACUAAUUGAAAAAGCACAGGAAGUUUUCUCGAGAGCAGGCAAUAUACAUCUUCCAAAAAAGAUCAAUUUCCAUUUGCAGUGGGCCUAUUUUGAAGAGAAUCACGGCUUCAAGGAGAAUGCGGUCAAAGUAGUUACAAAUCUUGAGAACUUCCACCGAGAAGUGGUGAAGAUCCCAGUGCUGAAAGCAGGAGUAUACAGACGCAUGUGGAAUCUAACCAAGGCCAGUGAGGCGCUCCAGUCGGCCAUCAACAACACCCGCUCCAGGGAUCCAUACGUAUAUUUGACCUUGAAGCUUGCCAGGUUCAAAGCCAAAGUUGAAGGUGAUUUCAACGGGGCCCGCGAAGUCCUGCAGCAAGCUCUUCAAAAGUACCCGGUGAAUGAGAAAUUGCACACGUGUAUGGUAGACUUGGAGUACAGCGGACGACAAGCAGUGAACGUGAAGGCCUUCUGUGAGGCAUGUGAUACAGUGAUAAACAAUACCCAGAUCCAAUUCAGUACUAGACUUCGCUUCUGUGAGAGGAAACUAGAGCUGCUAGAAGAUUUUGGAACUGAACUAGCUGACAUCGCAGCAGCUCGGGAUGAGUAUAAGAAGCUAUCGAAAGAGAAGAGCAGUGAAGACGGACAUUCAGCGAACGAUGAACCACCUGAGAAGAAAGUAAGAGUGGGAGCUGGAGGAAUUGCCGCAACUAGUAUGACCCCACAGACGUCAAGUGACCCCACUAAUAAUGCUAAUGGAGCAACAGGGGCUGGACAAUAUCCCAAUUAUUACUAUCCAUGGUCAUAUUAUGGAUCCCAACAAUACUCUCAGCAAUAUCCGCAGCAGUACUGGAAUGCUCAGCCUCAGACAGCAGAAGCCGCCUCAGUUCCCCCUACUUCAGUAAAUGACGUCACAUUAUCUUCAUACUCAUCCAAACCAUCUGCAGCAACUGCAGUCAGCUGACCUAUACUGACCCCUCGAUGACGUCAUGAAACUUAACUAACUAUAUAAUACAAGCUCGUGUUAAACUGUUAUUGUUCAUCUACAGAGUCAACUCGGACUAGUUAGAUGCGUUUUAUUGUUGCCCUCGCUUAUGAAUCAUUGUUGCUUAAGUCCAGUUGAUGUAUCAAAGGCAUAUAUAUGUAUCCGAAGUUUGGUUCGCUAACCAGUUUUAGUAAUGUGAGGAAAUUUAGUUUUCGUUUGUUCGGUUCAGUUAAAAAUAUAGAAGACAGAAAUCCGUAGCGAUUUUUAUUCCUCAAAAGUUUUCGUGUAGAAGUGU